CUUCUCUAUUGACAGAAAACAGAAGCGUAACUCAACACAUUGCUAUGUGGACCAUUUCACAUAUUCUAUUAAAAUACAAUAUGUGACAUUCAAAUUUCUCUAAUGUUUGCAGGACACAAACACACACACACACACACACACACACACACACACACACACACACACACACACACACACACACACACACACACACACACAGACACUUGUGCAAAACUUACCUGACGUAUCUUGUUGGGGAGAUGUGGCAGCUGGCUGUCCCUCAUCAAGUUCACAUAUACUAGUAGGUCUCUCUAUUGACAGAAAAUGGAAGCAUAACUCACCACAUGCUAUAUGGAACAAUUCCCAUAUUCUGUGAAAAUACUAUUUAAAUGUCUAUAGCUAAAUGUUUGCUGGACACACACAUGUGCCAAGCCCACAUAAAGUAUCUUCCUGGGGAGAUGUGGUGCCAGCAGACUGUCCCUCCUCGAGUUCAAAUACUGGCCUACUGGUAUGAGCAGUGGAGGUAGAUGGCUGUUCCUCAGUGGCAGCUGAUGUCAUCCCAAAAUAUCUGCGUAGGGCUCCUGAUGUUGCAUAAAACAAACAAUACAAUCUUCAUGUCACGUCUGUUGCUUUAGCAUUUUAAUUUACAUGUUACAAUGAGCAUUUACAGUUUUCAGCAAUGGUGGAAAGAAUUCUGAAAAUCUGUACUCAAGUACAAGUACUGUUACAUUUCUAAAAUAUUACUCAUUUACAAGUAAAAGUACUGGUGUUAGAGAAAUACUCAAGUAAAAGUACAAAGUAUUCAUAAAAACCUCAGAGUAUUAUUUAUUUUUAACGGCUGAUGUCACCAUCACUUCUCCAGACUGGGGCUGCCUGGAAAUUGUGUGUUUUCCUUUACCAAAAGUUAAAACACCAACAAUCAAUUAAUCAUUAAUAAUUAAUAAGAUACAAAACAAGGGGUUUUCCCUAAUUUUUUUGUUAUUUUAAGUUUCUAUUUCCUUAUUCAGCAAAUGUCUCCGGCAGACAAAAAUCUAAAUGACAAGAGGAGCCACGACUAUUGAUUAAAUAUCCAUGAAUCCAUUUUAACUGGUUAAAUUCUUCAACUCUCCCGCGCUGCUUCUUGGUCACUGUGAGUUUUUAACAUAGCCGCAGUGUGCAGCACACUUAACGCAACAUGAUGACAUCAUCGACUUGUACAGUACAGAUGUGCUGAAAGGCGAGAGUCUCAACUUUCAGCUAAAAAAGACCGCUCUAGCUAUUAUAGUUUUUACUUUAUGGCAGUUUACAGUUUAAACUGGAUUUUACUAGCAGGGCACCUCCAGCGGCCCGCUGCCGCUCCGUUUUUCAUGGGGUAAAUAAUAGCUCAUUUCCCGAUUCCAAAAAGAAAGGCGAAUGGCGCAAGAAAGCAGGACAACCUGCGGUGGUGAUCAAUACUAAUAUCAAAGUACUUCAGCAAAAUUCACGAAGACUAAUUUUUAUGUGCUAGCGUUUAGUUAUCAGCCUUUCGGUUUUCCCACUGUUAGCUUUUGAUAAAAGCUCAUUUGACAAAGAAAAAGCUAGCGGUUGGAAGUAGUUCUAAAUACAUGCAACGUAAGAAGCUAGCACCAUAAAAAAAAGAAGCUAGCACCAUGCAAAACGUACAGAUUAGAAGUUAGUUAAUCAAUAAAUUGGGGGACAGGCGGGAAAAAUACCAACUAAAUAAUAAAGACACUCAUACCUGCAUCUUUUCCUUGUUUCUCCUGCUUUUCUUUUUUUUUUUUCUAAAUUGGGCACUAGAUGGCUUCAACCGUUUCUUCUCCAUUAUGUUUGUGAGUGGUGAUAUGUCAAACGGUACCUGUAUCCCUCCACCAUCAUUCUCCGAGAUCCCUCCGCCCCCACCUGAUGAAGGGCGCUAUAUAGCGCACUAUCCCACCCUGCAUCCACAGAGGCGCGGCAGACACAAGGGGGCGCAAUAAAAUCACAAUAUAAACGCAAACAAUGACUUUGUUGUGCUUUCAUUACAGAAAUAUUAUUAUUAAGAACAUGCGAUUUCUAUGUUUUGUUUAUGUAUUGGUUGAUGCUAAAACAAUUUUUUUUGAGAAAAAAAAAAAGGAAACUAAAUGCCGCCCCCUGCAGACUGCCGCCCUGUUCGGCCGCACAUGUUGCACAUAUCAAGCUCCGCCCCUGAUUUGAGGAGAUGAUGACAAGAUGAUGUUUACCUAAUAUGUUGUAGUGAAUUAUUGUUUGUCAAGAAAUUCUGUGCCAGGCUUCCACUUUGACAAGUUUUGGACAGGACUGUUGCACCAGCUGAACCGUGUUGGUGGUCCAUGUUGGACUGGUACACUGAUAAAUGCCUCUCCUUAGGUGGUCUUGAUGACGUUUAUGCAGUUUGUUACAUUGAGACCCCAUACACACAUAGCCGAGGGUUACAUUUUAAGUCACUGCUCAUGACAAAAUGCUCUGAUUUAAUUCAAUUCAUUUUUUUUUAUAACACCAAAUCACAAGAGUCAUCUCAAGGCCCUUCACAAAGUAAAACACUCAAAUUGAAUGCAGUUAAUUAUGCUGCUUAGUUAAAAGGUACAUGUGCGACCUGUGUUUACACCAACUUGUUUUUACAAGCUGAAUAACUUCUUGGGGUAGAAGACCACAGGAAAAGGUUAUUGUCCACCACCUAGUUGUCCACUGAAUGUUUUCAGCAAAGGCUGACAAUUUGUGGAACUACUGCCGCCUACAGGCUUGGCAUGCCUAAAAAUAUGCUUCACAAUGCAAUGGGUGUUUUUUUAUUUUUAUUUUUUUAGCUGAAAACAAGUUUUUCCCCAAGAUGGGCGGAAGAGGAAAUCCUGGUCACAAAAACCCAGCUAUAUGUGCACAUGGCCUAAGAGCCACGAUAAAUCCCAAGUAGAAUGGGUUUAGCUCAUUGUACUCCUCAAGCUCUUGAAAAGGAUUUGGUUCUUGUCAUUCAUGUGGACAGAAUACAUUAAUUUCACUCAUCAUACUUAUUAAUCCAAAAUUCAAAUCUACUGAUAAAAAUCAGCAAACUAAUGCAUUUUGUCAUCCAUCAGUCUGGUAUGUUAAUCUCAUUCAUCUUAAGAAAAAUGGUAAACGAACAGGAACUUACAAGUUGUGUCACAAAUGGCUGACUUCAAAUACUUGUAACAGCCCAUGUCUGUCACCUGGUGCCUAUCGGCUUUGGUUGAACUUGUUAAAUUACUUAUAUGUGUGACAUACAGUUUGGAGGUUAUUGUUUUUAUUUUUGUUGCUGAUUUCUGUGACCUAAGAGAAAGACAGCAUCACGUUGAGUAUUGUUUUAUUGAUCAUUUUGUCUGCCUGACUUCUAUAAGAGGUGAGUUAGGAGACAUGCCCCGCCCCCGAGAGUGGUACUCCCUCACCUGUCUGGAGGACGCUGGAGACAGGAGGAAGUGAGUUUUGAUCGGACGCUGCCAAGCGGUGUUAUGGACUAAGGAUUAUCGCACCUACGACUAGGGAGAGGCUAGCUGACCUAUGUGACUUAUCUGAUGUGCUGGAGGAGUAAGCUGGGAGCGUUUUGUUCUGGUGAACCGCCGAAGCAGCGGCCUGUCGGGACCUCAGCGGUACCGUGAGUAAACAGCUGAUCGACGCAGCGGUUGCUGCAGCUGCUGUAUACUGAAUCAGCGAUAAUCUUAGUUUUUUUUUGCUGAGUAUAUUAUGGACGCACAUUUUUCUUUUCUGAACUGAACUGAACUGAAUUUAUCUGAACUGAACUGAAUUUAUCUGAACUGAACUGAAUUUAUCUGAACGGAACUGAAUUUAUCUGAACGGGACUCUCGGACCUUUCCAUUAAUUAUUAUAUAUGUUGUUGAAAAAGAUCUGAUUUAAUACACCCCCGUUUUUUGCCUUUUGCUUAUGUGAUUAUUUGGGUUUGUUUGUUUCAGUCCAGGUUAGGGUGAUAAACACUUCAAAUUGUUUACAUCCUUUGUGUUGUGAAGUGAGGGUGAGUUACAAGGGAAAGUUGUUAAUAAUUGUAUUUAUGUCUUAUAUGUCAGGAGAGAGACCUGGCUGGCACCCCGAUUAAAUCCCCCCUUAGUUACACCUGCUUCCGUCACAUAAAAAAUUGGCACCCCAGAUGGGACCGUUAAAGGGCGGAUAUUAAAUAUACUGAAAAAUACAAACCCGGUAAUAACAAAUAAAUAGUUAGCAUACAGAAUAAAGAAUAGACUGUAAAGGGUUAGGAAGACUAAACAAAUUAGGACAUUUGGAAAUGGCGGCACAAGCUGGGUCAGAGAAUCAAACUGGCCUGCCUGAUGAGCCUCCUACAUCAUAUUCCCUUUUGGAUAUGGAGCUGUUUGAGCUCCCAGGGCUGGCCACUCCGUUAGAGGCCAUCAGCCCUGUUCCUGUGAGCAGAAAGUUAGAUGAAUGCACACAAACAGUGAAUUGUUCCGGUUCACAUCCAGACCAGACCCAAUACCAACUGGAAAUAGGUGAAAUAAAGUUAGACAUUGCAGAGUUAUCCAAAGGAAUAACCUCUCAAAUGGAACAGCUGAAGGAAAGAUUGACUGAGUCAUUUAUGGAGCAGCAAAAACAACUAGUCAAGCAUGUGGAUACACGAGUUGAGUAUUUACGAACCCAGCUGGAUGCUUCCCUUGGAUGGAGGCUUAAAGAUCAGUACACUGAAAUUACCACGAAACUCAUACCAGAUAUCAUCCAACCAGUGAAAGAGGAGCUUUCCCUCUGUCUUAACACGUUGCACACCAUGGCUGAAGAGCUCACCUCCACGCGGCUAAACCCCUCAAUGGGACAGGCAAGCGUGCAGACCAUGCCAGAUGAUUUAGGUGGGAGACCGCUGGGACAUGCAGGUCACCCCAGACUGCAGUCGACAAUAAGGAGCAGUAAACCAAAUGAUCUGCUUGACUCCCCUCGAAGCACUGCCAUCCAAGGAGAAACUAGGGGCAGGCUUGCGGGAAAGGCUCCCAUUAAAGUACAGUUCCCAACAUUUGGAAGAAUCGAUGACUCCUCGGACCCCCUUCAGUACCUGGAGAGAUGUGAAGAUUUUUUAGCCCUCAACCCACUCACUGAUGAGGAGCUCAUGGCCACUCUCCGUAAUGUGCUUCACGGUACUUCCAGGGACUGGUGGGAUGUGGCCCGUCAUAAAGUCCAAACGUGGACUGUAGUCAACAAGCAGUUUCGUGCUGCGUUCCUAUCUGAGGACUAUGAGGAUGAGUUGGCUGAAAGAGUGCGUAACAGAAUCCAAGAAGAGAAUGAAGGCAUCAGAGACUUUGCUUACAUGUAUCAAUCGCUAUGCAAGCGAUGGAAGCCCUCUAUAACGGAAGGGGAUGUUGUGAAGUUGAUCCUAAAGAAUAUCAACCCCCAACUCGCCAGUCAACUGCGGAGCAGAGUCACCUCGGUGGAUGAACUUGUUCGUCUGGGACAACAACUGGAGAAGGACCAACAAAACCAACUGCAAUAUGAACAGAGGAAAGGUCUGCGGAAGGCAGUUCAGAAGCCUCCUUCCAACCUAACUCCCACACCUUCCACUACACAAACGACACAACGCCAACUGAACCCAGCAGCUUCCACCCAACCUCAGGUGUACUGCUGGCGCUGCAAAGGCCACCAUGCACCUGCUUCAUGCCCCCAGUGGAGGGCUGAUAAAAAUAGGGCUCCAAACGUAUCCAGUCCACAAACUUCUAGUAAUCCCCAAAGGCAACUUCAAGGACCAUUUCACUCACUUUCCCCUCAUACCCAACAAGGAGCCACUGCCUCUGUAAGUUAUUUUCCUGCACCUGCUGGAACCAGCAUGCCCUGUCAGCUAAUGAUGCCAUUGAAUGUUGGUGCGUGGUCAGGAACUGCCAUCCUGGACACGGGCUCCUCGUACACCCUGAUAAAUGAGAAUGUUUGGUCCACAGUACGUGAUCCACAGGAGAUUCUCAAGCCCUGGACCAGGGGACCUUUAUAUCUGGCAGACGGAGAAAGUCGGCAACCGCUAGGAUGGAGUGAACUGAAACUGACUAUACAAUCUGCAACAGUGACAUUACCUUGUGUGAUCCUGCCUGGAAAAAGUCUCGCUUUCCCUGCAGUAGUUGGACUCGACUUCAUUUUUUUUUCAGGCUUACAGUUUGAUGUCUCAGAAAACAGUUAUUGGUUCAAAGCCAAUAAGCAUCAACGCUAUCUAUUUAUAAGUGCAUCUGCUGGGAAGCCCGGAAACCAUUCUCAACCACAUGUUGCUUUCUUUUCCGCAAUGACUCCGGCACAAUUAAUAUCUCCUCCUCACAACUACCUAGAAAUGGCUGUACAAAAUGCCCAUCUAGACGACUUCGGAAAGAAACAACUGUUGUAUCAACUACAAAAUAACAAACAUAUUUGUACCAAUAGUUUGGGCCGUACUAACCUUCUCACCCACAAGAUAUUUCUCACUCACAAUGUGCCCAUCAAACAAAAGCCUUACCGUGUAUCACCCUUCAAGUUGCAAGUGAUUAAGGAGCAUGUACAAGAAAUGCUGGAGAAAGAUAUAAUAGAACCAUCCACUUCUCCUUAUGCUUCUCCUGUAGUCCUGGUACCAAAAAAACUCGAGUCCAAACCACGAUUCUGUGUUGAUUACAGAAAACUAAAUGCCGUAACCCGUACUGAUGCUUAUCCCAUCCCUAACAUUCAGGAGAUAUUAGAAUCACUUGUUGGAGCUGCCAUAUUCACCACGUUGGACCUGAACAGUGGCUACUGGCAGGUCCAAAUGGAGGAAGAGAGUCGUGAGAAAACAGCUUUUAUCAGUCCCCUCGGCUUGUAUCAAUUUAAGGUGAUGCCAUUUGGGCUAAAAAAUGCACCUGCCACCUUCCAAAGGUUAAUGGAGGUGGUUCUGGGGGACUUGAGAGGAAAAAAUUGUUUUGUCUAUUUGGAUGAUAUCAUUGUUUAUUCAUCCACACCAGAGCAGCACAGGUUUGACCUUCAAGCUGUCUUUGACAAACUGCAAAUGGCGAAGUUAACGGUGAACAUGAAAAAGAGUCACUUCUUCCGUACCUCACUAAAAUUCCUAGGACAUGUGGUCUCCUCCUCUGGAGUGGAGGUAGACGCAGAAAAAACCAAGGCUGUUCAGGAUUUCCCAGUCCCACAGAACAUAAAGGAGCUACAGCGGUUUCUUGGAAUAGCUGGAUGGUACCAUCGCUUUGUGCCUGGAUUUUCACAGUUAACCGAACCACUUCAUGCUUUGAAACGGAGAGGAGCAAAGUACAUCUGGACACCUCAAUGCCAAGCAGCCUUUGAAACUCUUAAAAAAUAUCUAGUCUCUCCACCAAUACUUGGCCAUCCAGACUUCAACCUCCCUUUUAUAGUAUACACAGACGCCAGUGAAGUAGGUCUAGGGGCUGUGUUGACUCAACCAACAGGACUCGGGACAGAACAGGUUCUUGCUUUUGCCAGCCGCACCCUUAAUAAGGCAGAGAGAAAUUACUCUACCACAGAACAAGAGUGUCUGGCUGUGGUGUGGGCUCUUGAGAAGUGGAGAUACUAUCUGGAAGGGAGGCACUUCACGGUUGUUACGGAUCAUUCUUCCCUUGUUUGGGUCUUUAAGACCACCAAACCCAGCACCAGACUGAUACGGUGGGCUCUUCGUCUACAAGAGUUCUCCUUCACGGUGGAAUACCGUAAAGGCAGAUAUAACACCGUACCAGAUGCUCUAUCAAGAGCUCCAGUGGACCUCAAUCAAAUACCUACGUGUGCGGCUGUGUUGGGCUCACUGAAGGACUCCUCACCGGAAUUACAUAUAACAGACGAGGAUAUCUGGAAAGCACAACAGAUGGAUCCGGAUAUUCAAAGCCUGUAUGAAAAAAUCAUUGAAACAGGAUAAAUCAUUGAAGGUCCAACCACCAGGUUCACCAUCAUAGAGGAUAAAGUGUACAGAGUGACCCAACUACCGCAUAAAACCAUAUAUCAAAUCUACAUCCCCUCACCUCUUCGUCAACAGCUGCUCCAUCACUCCCAUGACAAUCCCUUAUCUGGCCACCUUGGACGAUUUAAAACUUACAAGAGGUUACAGUCACUUGUGUAUUGGCCCAGGAUGAGCUUGGACGUAAGAAACUACGUUCGCAGUUGUAAGAUCUGCCAGCUUUAUAAACCAGAGAACCGGAAACCCCGCGGAAAACUUCAACAGACUCUGGUCAGUGGCCCUUGGGAGAUGUUGGGGGUGGACCUCAUGGGGCCUUUUCCCCGGAGCACCUAUGGAAAUGUAUACCUGAUAGUCUUUGUCGACUACUAUACUCGAUGGAUAGAGUUAUUCCCACUCCGUAAGGCCACAGCUCAGACUGUAUCUCAAAUCCUGAUAAAGGAAAUUCUCACCCGUUGGGGUUCACCCACCUACAUCCUUUCGGACCAAGGCCCACAGUUUGUUUCAUCUGUCUUCGAGGAAACGUGCAAACGGUGGAAUCUCCAGCAGAAGAGAACUUCACCAUAUCAUCCCCAAACGAACUUAACAGAAAGAAUAAACCGAAAUUUAAAAGCCAUGAUCGCAUCCUACGUAGAGGAAAAACACAAAACCUGGGAUACGUACUUAUCAGAGUUCCGUUUUGCCCUCAACUCAGCAGUACAUGAGUCCUCAGGAGUAACCCCUGCUGAGCUCAACCUAGGGCGCUCUUUAAAGGGACCCCUGGAUAAUGAACUCCAACCCCAUUUCAGUGAUCCUGACUCUCAUGCGUAUCCCACGGCCAGGCAACUGACAAAACUCAAACACCUGGUUUCUCAACACAUGGAAAAGGCUCGCCAAAAACAAAAGAAAUAUUAUGACAAAGGAAGAAGAGAACCAGAGUUCAGGUCACAAGAUCGAGUCUGGCUCCGCACUCAUCCCAGUUCGAGAGCUGAUCUGGCUUAUUCUGCCAAGUUAGCCCCUCGUUGGAAAGGUCCCUACCGUAUCACCCAGAAGUUAGGGCCUUUGAAUUAUGAAGUUGUCAUGGAAGACACCGGAGAGGACCUACGGGUAGUACAUGCAACCCAGUUAAAACCUUGCUAUCCUCUUGCAGAGGAAGUCGACCACGCACAGCGACAAAAUCUCUUUCGGAUAUUUGAAGAGGAUAGCAGUGACGAAGACUUCUCAGGGUUUAUGUAAAACCAAAAGCCUAUAUGAUUGACGCCUACGCAGGCUUUGGCUUAUUGCAAGGGAGGGGGUGUGUAACAGCCCAUGUCUGUCACCUGGUGCCUAUCGGCUUUGGUUGAACUUGUUAAAUUACUUAUAUGUGUGACAUACAGUUUGGAGGUUAUUGUUUUUAUUUUUGUUGCUGAUUUCUGUGACCUAAGAGAAAGACAGCAUCACGUUGAGUAUUGUUUUAUUGAUCAUUUUGUCUGCCUGACUUCUAUAAGAGGUGAGUUAGGAGACAUGCCCCGCCCCCGAGAGUGGUACUCCCUCACCUGUCUGGAGGACGCUGGAGACAGGAGGAAGUGAGUUUUGAUCGGACGCUGCCAAGCGGUGUUAUGGACUAAGGAUUAUCGCACCUACGACUAGGGAGAGGCUAGCUGACCUAUGUGACUUAUCUGAUGUGCUGGAGGAGUAAGCUGGGAGCGUUUUGUUCUGGUGAACCGCCGAAGCAGCGGCCUGUCGGGACCUCAGCGGUACCGUGAGUAAACAGCUGAUCGACGCAGCGGUUGCUGCAGCUGCUGUAUACUGAAUCAGCGAUAAUCUUAGUUUUUUUUUGCUGAGUAUAUUAUGGACGCACAUUUUUCUUUUCUGAACUGAACUGAACUGAAUUUAUCUGAACUGAACUGAAUUUAUCUGAACUGAACUGAAUUUAUCUGAACGGAACUGAAUUUAUCUGAACGGGACUCUCGGACCUUUCCAUUAAUUAUUAUAUAUGUUGUUGAAAAAGAUCUGAUUUAAUACACCCCCGUUUUUUGCCUUUUGCUUAUGUGAUUAUUUGGGUUUGUUUGUUUCAGUCCAGGUUAGGGUGAUAAACACUUCAAAUUGUUUACAUCCUUUGUGUUGUGAAGUGAGGGUGAGUUACAAGGGAAAGUUGUUAAUAAUUGUAUUUAUGUCUUAUAUGUCAGGAGAGAGACCUGGCUGGCACCCCGAUUAAAUCCCCCCUUAAUUACACCUGCUUCCGUCGUGGAGACAGGAAUCAGUCCAACAUUUUAUUUUAUUUAUUAAACAGCAGGGUUGUGUACACACAGAGGAUAAGUCCAAUAAUUAGGUAACCUGAGACAUCGACGGCGCCAGGUGGUAGCUAGGAGUUGCUAAAGCAACAGUAAGAUUAGGGCAAGCAAUGGCUUAGCAACCCCAUUUCCUUAAACACCCACCAACCCCACUCUUUAGUCCCCCCCUGCUCUUCAGUCCUAGGUGAUGGAAUGCAGCAGCCCCAACCACUCACUAAACAACUGUGCAGCAACUGCAGUGAAAAGAUCCUGGUGCUGCCCCUGAUCUCAGAUGUGAAGCUGGUCUAGUAACGAUUUAUUCAUUCAUUCUCUUCCGCUUAUCCAGGGUUGGGUUGUGGGGGAGGCAGCCUUAGCAGAGAGGCCUAGACUUCCCUCUCCCCAGCCACUUGGGCCAGCUCCUCCGGGGGAAUCCCAAGGCGUUCCUUGGCCAGACAAGAAACAUGUGGAUGUUUGAGAUUUAAAUUUAAAAAGUAUAUUGAGAGAAUCAAGGAUUAGCCAACUUCAGCUAAAGUCCAGAGACAUAACCAGGUGGGAGAUGAAACAGCAUUAUUCAAGACUCAAAGGCUGGUGGACUGUAGCAGAAACUGAACAAGAUGUACUAGUACUGGAAAACAGAUCUGAAAGGGGUUUAUAUGGACUGACAGAAGAGGACCCAAAAACUUGAUUGUUGGAUGAACACAAUCUAAUCAUGGCACUUAUUUCCACAUAAAUUAACCAAGUACAAUAACCCAGUGUUAAUCUUGUCAAACCAACACAUUUGACAAUUGGUGGUUUAAUUUAAUCAGAUUACAUUGAAUCAACGUAGUAUUCGGCAGGAGGCCCCCGGGUCAACCCAGGACACGUUAGAGAGGUUACAUCUCCAAUCUGGUCCGGGAACGCCUUGGGGUCUUGCCGGAGGGGCUGGUGGAGGUGGCCGGGGAGAGGACGGUCUGGAGCUCCCCCCGCGACCCAGACCCGGAUAAGCGGAGGAAGACGACGACGACGAAUGUAGUAUCCUUACAUUGACUCAAAAUGAUUCAUUUAAGUAUAUCGAGUGAAUAAAAUUCAGAUAACCUCACUAAAGCCCAUUUUUCAGUGUGUAUUUUUUUUCUAACCUUUAUUUCAUUCAAGUACACACACACACACACACACACACACACACACACACACACACACACACACACACACACACACAAUAACAAACACAAACAUGCAAAUAAACAAUCAAGAAUGAAAAUAUCUUGUUAAUCUCUGCCCCCUUUAAAAAAUAAUAAUAAUAUCAAUAGCUUCCAAUAUUUGAAAUUCUUUGAAUAAAAAAAGAAUUUGUUAACUUGCCCAACACUCUUUAGGCCAAUAAGGAGGUCAAAUUAAAUGCCAAAUGUUCACAGCAUUCUACAAAAGUGAAACAGGUUGUACAUACAUACAUGUUUACCAUUACAACACACUUAGAUUAUGAUGAACUCAAUACAGAAAUGAGUCUAAUUUAUUUUAUUGUAUGUUUUAAUUAUAUGUUUUUAUCUUCACUUUAGAAAUUCCAAUGUUUUGACAUUAUUUUAUAUCAUCACUACAGUUGUUCCAUAACUGGACUCCUCUUGUUGAAAUACUAUGUAGUUUAGCAUUAGUUCAUAUGGCUGGCUUUAUGAAAAUACUUGUUCCUCUCAAACCAAAUUUACCUUUUCUAUGUUUGAAAAGUCUUUGGAUACUGACUGGUAAUUGUUGUUGCUUGAUUAUGAACAUUAACUGGAGUAUUUUGUAUUCAACAAGGUCUCUGAAUUUCAAUAAAUUUAAUGUAACAAAAACAUCUACCGUAUUUGUUGGUUCAGUGUCAAUGUCCCCAUCUGUCUCUAGACCAUUCUAGUUGGGACACAGCUGAAUGCUUUUUGAAGCCCUCAGUACCACUAUCCUUUUCAGUCAUAGUUUUUAUUUUUUGCUCACUGCCAGCUUAUGAACUUCACAAAACAAUUUUUUAGCACAUGUAUAUUUCAUUUCAUUUAUAAUACUUUAAAAGUGAAUUGAACUCAAUCUGUAAUUAAUUGAUUUAUUUUACUUUUCAACAUUUAGAAAGAGCAUGCUGGGAAAUCUGUUCCAUCCAAGCAGCAAUGGUCGAGCGGGAUCACGAACAUAAUCUAUUCAUGUUACCCCAAAUAGAAGGAAUCAUGUUUAAACCACAUUGUACCCUUUUAAAUUAAGUUUACACAAAUAAAUCAUGUUCAUCUUACAAACAUGAUCAAUUAUGUAGAAACUACAUGCAAGGAAUAAGUAACUUGAACAAACAGAGGACUUCCAUUUUUUCAGGGGGCAAGUCUGGUAAUCACAAUGGCUGGAGACACAUGGCAGCACUAAACAGAAGUGGUUCAAUCUGAAUUUAGUUCUGAAUGGUAGUAUGGUGAACUCUUAAUGGAACUUUGAGUAGUGUUUUAAGUGUGAAGAUACACACCAUAAUUAGGCUCUAAUUGAAGCCAGUGAGUAAAAACUUAGGGAACUGAAAGUUUGUUAACUUCUGAACAACUUUUUUUCUUGUCCGAUGCUCUAUAAAUACUAACACUGUGUGUGUGUGUGUGUGUGUGUGUGUGUGUGUGUGUGUGUGUGUGCGUGUGUGUGUGUGUGUGUGUGUGUGUGUGUGUGUGUGUGUGUGUGCAUGCAUGUGUGAACCAGUGAACACGCACGGGCUCAAGUUGCAGUUGAACUUAACUAAAUGGGAAAUCAGACAGAAUGAAGACAAGUGGAGCAGAUGACUUGAAGAUGAAGUCAUAUGACUGUGGAUGAGGCAAGCAUGCUUGAAGCAAGAAGAAGGGCAGAAAGACAUUGAGGACAUUAUGACGGAUAUGUAAAUGACAGAAAGGAGCACUGAGAGAGGAUGCUUUGGGAAACGUCUGUCUGGUGACAUGUGCAUUAGCAUCCUGUCAGUGGGAAAAGGCCAUGACAUUGAGUGAAGGAGACACUGUGAGACGUGUAGCAGCCAUGUAAACCAUUAAAAGUUUCUCUCUUGUCUCUUUUACCCUCUGCUUUCCUCACAUCAUCCUUUUUUCUCUGCAGUGAAAACUUUCAAGUUUCUCCUCCUGCUGAACUUCUGACCUUCCACAUUGUUUUUUAAACUGUAAUGUGGGCUACACAAAUUCAACAUUAUCCUAGAGGUGGCUCUGAAAAUGAGACAACGCUGAAAUUGGUUUCAGGUAAAUAAUUUCAACAGCAGCCUUUUUGUUUUGUUUUUAAGUAAGGAAAGAAUUUUUACAAAGAAUAAACUUCAACUUUAAAUUAGAGCCUGCAGGGUGUUUACAAGACAAACAAGACAUAACAAAAGAAAAGAUAAGAGUAGAUUGGGAUCUUUCAAACUGAAAAAGAAAAUUGUGAGUGGAUAUCUGCGCUCUGGAUUCUAAACAUACAGACAAAAAAGUUGGAGGAAAAAAAGAGUAAAAUGAGGUGUAGGUGUGAAAAUGUAAACUUCUCCCAGGUGGCUCAAACAACAGAUCAGCGCAAACGUUUUCAAAGAUAAAUAACAUGAUUAAAACAAUAAGGUUUGAUUUACUGUUGCAAAACUGUUAUAUUUUGUACGUUUCUUCUGUGUCGUCCUUCAAAUUCCAUUGCGUGAUUCUUUUCUAAACACAGCAUAGUAAAGAUUUGCUGUUACCUUUUAAGGUCACACUGUAGCCUAGCCUUACUCAGAGCACCAGUGUCUGUACCAGAACGACUCGGGCUGCCAGUGUGGCUAGGGGUCCUGCGCCUGCUGAUGACGUCACAUUACGGCAAAUCCACUCUGCUUUCACACAUAAGUUUUGGAAAGACAUCAGCAAUUUUGUUAAUAAAUUCAUGUUUGUUAACACCUAAAUAUUUUCUUUAUCAUUUUAAUUAGUUAACUCAUUAACUGUCAUUGACGGCUAAAGUCGUUAUUUGCAUUUUUUUUACUGUGUGGGCAUCGGAACGAACCCCCGCACCAUGAGAACAAACAUCCCAGCUCUAAAGUCGAUCUUCAUCCCCGUACGUGACACAUCACAUGAUCAGGAAGCAGAAAAUUUGUGUUAGGAGAUCGUUUCAGGCUGCUGCUGUAAAAAAAAGUGAGGCGCGAACCGGAAAAGCUUCUGCCGAUCACAAUUCGACAACGGAUUAUGAAGGAACGGAUAAAGCUCUAAACACGCUGAUUCUUCCUGAUGUAAGAGUUGAGUCUACUCUUUGCUUUGUUAGUUUUGACGCUGACAUCAUCCAAGCGCGCAACGUUCUGUGACUCUUUAAAAAAAACAGUAAAAACGCUGAAAAAUGCUGGCAGCGAAGGCCUUUUCUGAUCAGGAAAUGGCUGGCAGUGAAUGAGUUAAUAUAGCACCAUAUUAUCUUUGUUUAUGUAAAUAUAUCCGUUAAUUAAUUUAAAAUGUUAAUUCAUUUAAAAUGUUGCUUGAUGGUUGCUUGAUGUUCAUUCAAUAAAGUUCUUAUAUUUUAUUUAGCUCCAUUUCAUCAAAAUCAAGAGUUUUUGAGGGUCACCGUUUAUCAAUUGAUAACUUUGCUUUUAUUUUACAUGUCGUUUGGAAAUUCAAACAUAUUUUCUCUGAAAGCUGUUGAUUUUUGGACUACAGGACUACAACCACAAAGACUACAACUGUAAUUUUGUUCUGACCAAUCAAAAUCUUCAUUGUCAACGUGCUAACGUAACUUUUACAAAUGUGGUAUCGUAACUUUUGUAAAUCUUAUGUUAAGCUAAUCAUUUACUGUGACGUGUUUGGCAGAUGCAGGACCCAAGCAUCUGGCUGCUCGAGCAGCUCUAGUACCGACACCAGCUAUGUUGGUGGCCAUUUCUUCCAGCAGUUUUUGAAAGAAAAGCGGGAUACAUUUUGGACAGGUCACUUGUUCAUCACAAGAGCACACAAACAGAAACAUCUUUUUAUGCAUUCACUCAAACGUACAAACAGGUAAAUGGCCUAUCAAUCUAGCCUGUUUGUGAUUGGUUUAAAGGAAGAACCUGGAGGGAGUACAAAUAACUCAGCGUAAGUUCCCAGUUGGAAGAUGAACCCAAGGCAGAAGAAAUACGAAUAAAAUUUUAAAAGACCUUAUCACAUGUAUUUUAUUUUCAUUUAUUCUGAGGAAACCCAAAUUUGUUUUGGACAAAGUUGUCUGCCAUCUUAUACAUGUAAAUAUAUAGGACUGCCACAAUGAAUUGUCACAACCCAGUCAUGGGCAAAAUCUACAAUUGUUUUUCAAACUGUCUCCACACGCAAUUGGACAGCACUAGGACAAAUCGAAGCAACGGAUAAUGUGAUGUACUCACCACUGUGGAUGUCAGUCAAUGGAGCAGUCCACUGUAUACCGUCAAAGUAGGAGAAUCAGAUACAUCCUUUUCUAAAAAAAUGACUUUAAGCAUUUCAACCUGCUUAUGUCUCACAGAUAAGUUGAAAUAGUUCGCAAUUGAUGCCAAAGCUGUUUCAAAGAAGAGCAAUUUUUCUUGGUCUCAGCUCUAGCGUUAAGUCGGCCUAGUGUAGAGUGCUGUGAUUGGCCAGACACAAAACUGCUCAGGCCAAGGGCGUCAGUUUGUUUUUAGAAUUGCUGGGGACAAUAACCAUACACUUGAGUGGGGUUUAAAAAUUGCUGGGGACAAUCAUUAAAUAGGCUGGCAUAUUUAAGUAUUCAUCAGUUUUUAAUGUUUCACUCCAAUAUGCACAGUAGUGUAUUGACAGUUAUUAAAAAUCCUGUUUUGUUAUUCCAAAGGCACUGAAACCCCCCAUUAGCCUGUAAGCAAGGUGGAAUCUUUACAUCCAUAUAGCUAGCCUAGCAAAAAAAUUUCUUGUAUUAUUAUUAUUAUUGUAUCAUAUUAUAUAUAUCCUUGUUAUAUUAUUUGUGACUGUCAAAUUAGAUUUUCAGAGAAAACUACUCAUCUUUAUAUCAGGCUCCAUUCUCUGGUCAACUCCACGUUCCGACAACCUAGCUGUCCGUGAACUACCGGAUUAAUUGAUUUUUUAAAAAGUGAAGAAGGUGAAAAGUAGGUGUCCGUCGACCAUGUCGAAAAGAAAGAGCGCAACCGAUAUCAGAUGGUUUUUCGGCAAGAAAAAAUGAGCUGCAAGUGCAUCCCACAAAAAAGACUAAGAUAUCCAGUUUUAUCAUUUGAUAUUGACUUACUUAGUAGUAGAUAAAAGAGGGCAAUGUUUCUCUCAUCUACUGGUAAGUUAGCUAGCAGCAAUAACGGUUAAAAACCAUGCACUUUAUGCUAGGUGACCAAACCUCUUUUUCCGUGACAUUUUUGCUUUUUAUGUGCUAUUAGGAGCAUCUGGGAAGAUUUCAUAAACUGAUAAAAUGUCUAGGUUUUCAUCGUUUUCAGAAUACAAGAGCGCAGCCGUGAUAUACUCCCGACCUGCUCAAGUGGAUGGUUCUGAAAGGUUGCAGUAGCCUACUAACAUCCAGGUGUUGCACCUGUCACUGAGUGGUGCUGUUUAACAAAUUCCAACUAGGUCCCCAUCUAGCAAAUGGUCCUAUUAUGUGAAAUGACCCAUCCAUAACUAAAUUAGAGGGAUACAAUUUUAGGUUGAAGUGUGUAAAUGAAUAAGUCUCAGAAUAACGUUUUGGGGUGUAAAAGUGACUGGGAAACCAGAUUCCAACAGCGUGACCCUAACCCCCUUACAUUACCUUAACCAGCCCUUUCUUAGCCUUGCAAAACUGUGUUAACCUUAAAUCAGAUUUUGAUGGCAUUGGUAAUACAAAAUAGCACUACGUUUGUUCAGUAGGAAUCAGCACCCCCCUAGAGUUACAUGUGUCUUAGUGCAAUUUGUUUCAUUAUAUAUUUGAAAAAAAAUUCAGAUUUUUGUCACAUAUGACUGACCAAUUUGUUUCAGGGUAUCUUUUUUUAAACCGUUAAGUUAUUUCCACAGGUAUUUUUUUUUACUUUUUGACUUAUUAGCCUAGCUGAAGUUAUUUAUAUUUUCUAACCACAGAGAACCGGCACACUUUAAAGUCAAAAGCUAUCUUCAAGUAAACAACACAAGUUCAGUGCUUCAGGAAUGUAUCUCCUUUUUGGAUGCCAACUAAUGGACACCCAAAGAACCUAUACAUUUCGAACAAAACCAAAAAUAAUUAAGUCAAAGUCUAUGCUGCAUUUGCAAAUAAAAAAAAAAUCAAAUCACACAAGUUGUAAUGUUUAUUUGAAUACCCUUUUUCUAUCAGGAACAGCAUGUGGCAGAGCAAAAUGGAGACACGCAGGAACAGGCAGCUGAGAAUGCAGAGCAAGUGCAAUCACUGGAUGAAGAAAUGGAGAGUGUUGAAACAAGCUCGAUCAGAUUCAGCAGGUCGAGCCAUCAGCUACUGAUGUGGGGAAGCAGGAUAACCCUCCACAAGCAAACCAGGAGAUCCAUACAGCUGAGGGUCCAA